AUGUCUGUUCAAGAUCUUGAAUCCAAGUCGUAUGACUUCGUCAUCAUUGGCGGCGGAACUGCUGGCCUCGUUUUGGCAUCACGCCUGACGGAGAAUCCCCAAACGAAUGUGUUGGUGCUUGAAGCUGGAGCUUCAAAAUUAGAUGAUCCUAAAAUCAACAUACCGGCUCUGUUUACCCAAUUAUAUGAAGACCCAGAGUAUGAUUGGUGUUUUAAAUCUACUCCUCAGCAGGCACUGAACAACCGUAUUAUCGCUCAACCGCGUGGUAAAGUGCUCGGAGGUACCUCCGCCAUUAAUUUUCUAAUGGCUUCGCAUGGGACCGCAAGCGAGUUCCAGCAUUGGGAGGAGCUUGGGAACCCAGGCUGGAACUGGGAAUCCAUGCUUCAAUAUUAUCGCAAGUCAGAGUCUUUUAAUCCUCCAACAGAAGACCUAUACGGCUCUGAUGGCCCGGUCCAGCUCACCAUGCCCAUUGGUACCGGAGCUUCUGAUGCUUCGUGGCAGCCAACACUACAGGCUCUUGGCAUUCCAUCAGACACUGAUCCCAGAGUGCCAGGCAGUCUGGGAGGCUGGCCAUUGCUGAAGUACACUGAUUCGACGGGGAAGAGGAGUUAUGCAGCGUCGGCCUACUAUGCUUCGAUAGCUGGACGACCGAAUCUUACUGUACUGACGAGCGCAUAUGUUACCAAGAUGCUCCUCGAUGCACCAGAAAAGUCUGGGGGCUCAGCAAAGGUUGCGGGUGUGUCUUUUAUCCUCGACAAAGUCGAGCACGUCGUUCGCGCUACCAAAGGAACGAUUCUUGCCGGUGGCUCAUAUAUGAGCCCUAAGCUGCUGGAAUUAUCUGGCAUUGGAUCUUCUAGUCUGCUCCAGAAGCUUGGUAUAGAUGUUGUAGUCGAUAAUGCCGCUGUAGGAGAGAAUUUACAAGAUCAUCCUAUGGUACCAUUAAUCAUCGAGGCCCAGGACGGCGUAAUGGGUGCUGAAUCAUUCCGGCAACCGGAAGUUUUACAGUGGGCAUUGAACGAAUGGAUGUCUGGCCGUGGUGGUCCUCUGUCUUCGGGGAUCAAUGGCACGUCGUUCUUGUCAACGCAAAGCAUUGCCCGGCAUAUCGGACAAGCGCCUGAUUUCAUGCAGAGUAUUGGCACGAACCGCGAUGAUGAGCAUUCUCCAUUUUUGCGGAAGCUUCUCUCGAGCGACAGUGAGGCCGACAUACAGAUCAGCUUCGCCCCUGCUGGCUUCGAUCCGUACAAAGGUGGAGAGGCUCUCUCACGACUAUUCACGCACCCUGAUCCAGGAAAUUACCUUGGUUCAGUCGCUGUAUUGACCCACCCAUUUUCGCGAGGCUCUGUACAUGUCACCUCAUCCGAUCCCCAGAUUGCGCCGUCCAUCGAUCCCAAUUACCUUGAUCACCCGGUGGACUUUGAACUACUGGUACAAGACUACGUCCGUGAUCGAGAAGAUGGAAGCGGAAAAAAGAUUCAGGAUAGCUUCAAGAUACCGACAAGGAUUGAUCGAGGUAUUGCUGAGAAGCUUGUGAGAGAAGCAACUAUUCCGUCGUGGCAUCCUGUCGGUACAUGCGCCAUGUUGCCUCGGGAAAAGGGAGGAGUGGUUAACCCGCAGCUGAAAGUAUAUGGGGUGGACAAGCUGAGGGUUGUUGAUGCGAGCAUCAUGCCUGUUCUAGUUCGGGGCAAUAUUGCGACCGCAGUAUAUGCCAUUGCAGAAAAGGCUGCGGAUAUUAUUAAAGAAGAGUACAAUCUAUGA